AGCUGCAAGGAGAGCUGCUGCAGCAAGUCAGGAAAAACUCCAGUUGCAUGAAGAUUGAGCGCUUGCAGUUUGCAUCUUGGUUGCAAAACUAAGCUCCAGAGGAGAGGCAAAGGCAAAGUCUUUUGUGCUUUCCCCUCCCCCAUCAAAGCAAAGGGGAAAAUGUCUCAGUCGAGAGGCAAGAAGAGAAACCCUGGGCUGAAAAUUCCUAAAGAAGCAUUUGAGCAACCACAGACAAGCUCCACGCCACCCAGAGAUCUAGACUCCAAAGCCUGUAUCUCUAUUGGUGAGGAGAACUUUGAGGUGAAAGCUGAUGACCUGGAGCCCAUCUCCGAGCUGGGACGAGGUGCGUACGGGGUGGUGGAGAAGAUGCGGCACAUGCCUAGCGGGCAGAUCAUGGCAGUGAAGCGGAUCCGAGCCACAGUGAACAGCCAGGAGCAGAAGAGGUUAUUGAUGGAUCUGGAUAUCUCCAUGAGGACGGUAGAUUGCCCCUUCACUGUCACCUUUUACGGCGCGCUUUUCCGAGAGGGAGAUGUGUGGAUUUGUAUGGAACUGAUGGAUACCUCACUGGACAAGUUCUACAAACAGGUCAUUGACAAAGGCCUGACGAUUCCUGAGGACAUCUUAGGAAAAAUAGCUGUCUCUAUUGUAAAAGCGCUAGAACAUCUACACAGUAAGCUCUCCGUGAUCCACAGAGAUGUAAAGCCCUCUAAUGUGUUGAUCAAUACGCAGGGGCAGGUGAAAAUGUGCGAUUUUGGAAUUAGCGGUUACCUCGUUGACUCGGUUGCUAAAACCAUGGAUGCAGGAUGCAAACCCUACAUGGCUCCUGAAAGAAUUAACCCGGAGCUGAACCAGAAGGGGUACAGCGUCAAAUCUGAUAUCUGGAGCCUGGGGAUCACGAUGAUCGAGUUGGCCAUCCUGCGCUUUCCCUACGACUCCUGGGGGACGCCCUUCCAGCAGCUCAAGCAGGUGGUGGAGGAGCCAUCGCCGCAGCUCCCGGCAGAGAAGUUCUCGGCGGAGUUUGUCGAUUUUACCUCGCAAUGCUUGAAGAAGAAUUCCAAAGAACGGCCAACAUACCCAGAGCUUAUGCAACAUCCUUUCUUCACUCUGCACGAAUCCAAAGAGACAGACGUCGCCUCUUUUGUCAAACUCAUCCUGGGAGACUGAGAACUGGACUUGUAAAUGAAUUGCCCUUCUGUGGACUGGUGGGUGCAGGGGAGGGGCACGUGGCAGGACUUGUCAUGAGAGCACCAACAGAAAGUCGCCGUGUUUUGUUUUGUUUUGUUUUGUUUUUAUUCUGAGAAACCCCCGCCUCGCCGAAGUUUUUAAAAGGGUUCUUUGGUAUCCAUAGUGACAUAGAACGAGUUGGUUAGUGAAAUGAAUUUUAAUAAGGUUGGUAACCUUAAAACAAAAACAAAACAAAAAAAAAAUUGAAAAGAGUGAUUUACAUAUUUAAUGACAGUCGAAGUCCCUCUUCCUAACUUUCUCCUCAUCCCCCUUCCUUUCCCCCAAACCAGAAUUUGCUUUGUCAUGGUAAUAGGUGCUAUGGUAGUCAUGAAGUUGUAUGUAGAUUUAUAUUUUGUCCCUUCCAUUAUUUUAAUAUUUAUGUUAAGUGCUUGAUGGAAUAGAUUUCUGUUUUAUAUGAGGGUGAAUGUGUGGUGACGAUGAUGAUGCUAAACGAGGCCGCAGCAAGCAAUAGUCGUAGGGCUUUGCUGGGGAAAAGUUGUCAAAGGAAAAGAGAACGAAAAGAAGAAGUGUCUGUGUUGUGGAAAAUAUUUAAUGUGCAUCAUGAAAAGAAUUUAUAAACAAGGAUCUCAGCUCAGCUACUUGAGCUGCUUUUGCAGCGUGUGAGGCAGCAUCACUGUAAGGGAGAGAGGCCCCAGCGUUGCAUGAAGUCACCUCUUCUCCAGACACCGUGCUCCGAGUCCGGCUGGCUCGUCCCAGCCAGCCUGCUGCCCGCAGUGCACUGCCAGCCUCCUGCCCGGGGAAGGCCCCCAUCCUACAUCCCACCGACUUACUUUGCUACAUCAGGCGAGUGGUGACGUCUGGAGUGGGAAGACAUUGCUGGGAAAGUGUCUGGGAUGAAAGAGGGAAAGAGAUUGUCAGAUAAGUUGCACAGAGAUCAGGAGGAGUCUGCAAUGGUCAGUCCUCACCUCCCCAUGAUCCCAGCAGCACUGCAGCAUCUGGGGCUCCCUUGGGGAUGAGCUACUUUGGGCCCAAAAGGGAGUUUCUUUAUCCUUCUCCAGAUGAGAAAGGAUAGCAGUAUGCAUAGCACGACAUCUGUGAAAAAGGGGAUAUCUUGGUGUGAGUUUUGGGGGUGUUCGGCACUGCAUCAGCAGCAAUCCUUCUUUGCUUGCCCACAGGCUUCGGGAGUGCUAGUGAGUUUCCCUGGAGCCCGUACCGGCAUGCAGUUUGGGCCAUGUCCAGCAAUGGUUGGGAUGCUUGAAGGCAGCCAGGAGCCCUGGGCUCCGGCAUGCUCUGCAGGUGCCCCCCACAGAGCUGCAGCCUGGGAAACCAUGCUUGGAAACCACAGCCCACCCGUACCAGGAGCUUGUUGCUGUUGGCUGGGUCCUCAGAGAAAGGCUGUGAGUCAAGGGUAGGAGCAUAGGGACUGUUGGGGUGGGAGGGGAAGACAGCAGAUCACGCUGCUUUUAGGUAACACAGUUACUGCCUAAAGAAAGAGGGGACUCUGCACUGUGAGGUGUUGCUGUGAGUCUGGAGCAAGGCCACUGGCUCCAGGUUGAUGCUGGUUUGACUGAGCCAAACCUACAUAACAGUCUCACUGGGCUCUGAGGUCCUUUGCCUUUGCCUGUGGCUCCUUCCCUCGGCCCUGUGAAGGAGAACACCUGAGCAUUCAGCUGUGCUGGAACGUGCACAUGUGCCUCAUGCCCAUUCACAUGCUCCUCUUUCCCAUCCAUUGCUUGGCGCAGACUCUCAGAGUCAAAUCCCAACUAGAAGCAUGCCUAGCUCUGCAAUAUUUAAGUUGUGCAGAAGGUAGUUCAGCCUGGGAUCCGGCCCUUCCUCUCCCAGUUUAGUGGCUUCAGUCUCUAUUGGUGUAGGUUGGGCUUCUGGACUAGCCUGAGCAUCUGUUUGGGAAGUGAUCCCUCCGAAGGGCUGAUGGGGUGGGCAGUAUUUAGAGCAGGGGUUCCUCAGUGGUGGUGCCCCUUGUGCUAGGGACAUGCCAAAUGCUUUGAAGAGGUGUAGGUGGACACCACCAGUGCCUGGGCUGCCACCGUCACUGCCAUGGCUGGCAGUGCCUGCAGAGGUGGCUGUGAAGCCCAAAAUAGUGCAGCCCUGUCCUGGAGCCAGAAUUGAAAGAGAUAAAGGAGCAUUGCUCGUGGGCAUUUAUCAGUCCUUGUGGCCCUCAGCUCUAGAGCAGGGUGGCUUGAGGAGGGCUCACAGGAGUUGAGAUGCGGGAGUUUCCUUGCUGCACAGAGCUCACGGGUUGUGCAGACUUUGGGGAAGAUUUUCCCCUUCCUUGGCUGUGUUUCACCAGCAUGCCCAGCCCUUAGUAAUGAUAAGCUCCAUAUUCCACUUUGUGUCAAGGGGAACCUUUCAUAUUACAUUUUCUUGCGGAUGAAACACAAGGAUGUUUUACUUCUCAGUGUAAUUUUAAGAGGCCUCACAUGGCUCAUAAUCUGCCCUCUCAUAUUCCAUGGUGUGUGUGUGUGUUUUCUCUCUCUCACUUUCUCAGAGUUGCAAAGCUGUUUUGAUUGAUUGUCCUCAGCUGCAGCUGAAAGUCCAGCCAGUCAGUUUAUAGACUUGGUUCCAGCAUCAAUUCUCGCUUUGAAAAAUAUGACAUUUAAAACCACCCUUUGGUUUUCCUACAUAUGGAUCUGAUGCUUUUGUUAAAGAUUGUUUUUGCCGCUUUUCUCCUGAAAUAUAAGUCUCAUUUGGACACCACAUCUCCUUGACCUCAGAACACCUUUAUUUCAGUGCCAUUGUAAUUGACAGGUUGAAUUUAUGAGAUACUGUCAAGGUUCAGUAUUAAUAGCAGAUAUUAAUGUCACCAGCGUUUUCCAAUAGAAAAUUAAUGUCAGUGUUGUCUGCAGCUAGUAACCCUCUAAAAUGUUUCCUACAUGCCUCGGCACUACAUGCUGAGUACUUUCUUUUAGCCUUUUUUCUCUUGCAGUGCUUGGGCUGUCUAAUCCCUUUGUUUUAAUGACAUUACAAUAGGGCAUGCAACAAAUCACUUCACUUCCCUCCCGAUUCUCCAUGACUUUGUUCCUCUGAAAGUCAUUUGUGUCAGCCCAGAGUAAAUGUGUAUUCAUAUGACCGAUGUGAAUGAAAACAGCGAUCCAAGUGAUGACCACUGUGGAAGGUAGUUAUGGCAGGAGAGAAAUGCAGAGGCUGUCUGUCUCUACAUCCCUCGUGGAAUGUAUGGACACAAAGCUUGAGCUGCCCCAGGAUUUUCCUUGAGAAGAGCCUGAGUUGGUGGCCUCAGUGCGGGGCAGAGAGCCAGGGACUCCUGCAUGCUUAAAAGCUUUGAAAACAUGAUGGGCUACAAGAUGAAAAUCAGACUGUCUUCUCUUUCAUUUGAUUGUAACCUUUGUGAAGAUGAAAAACCUUUAGUCAGUGCUCAGAACUUUCCUCAGCUGUAACGUGAGCACAGGGGUACCCAGGACAGGCAUGGCUUCUGAGGCAUAAAGACUUUCCCAACAACCGUGGCCCUUGAAUAAGCCAAGGUGUUGAGGCUUAAAGCUAUUCUUAAAAAAGCUCUUUUGUUUUCAGACUGCGCAGGGCUCUGGGCAGCGCAUUACAUUGCUCAGAACUGGGGUUUUUAAACUGCUAAAGUAGCAGCUCUUGUGCCAUAACCCCUGAAACAAACCAAAACCACACCGGGGAGCAGAGAGGAAAGAAAAGCCGCUUGGACCUUAGCACUGAGCUGUGCCCUGGACCAGCUGCAUGAAUUAAUUCCAGCACAGUUAGCCAUUUGCAAGGCAGGGAGGGCUCCUCUGCUGGGCCAUGGACAGUGGUCAUCGGGCUGCAUGAAAAAUGCACAACCCAUCCCCACAGCAGGCAGCGGAGGACCACCAGGGCAUGUUGUUCAUCCUGUUUUUUUUCCUUCACCAUACAGCUCUUUAUGUUCCUGCAACCUCCUAGAGGCUUGAGGCCUUGCCAUCACUGGAGCUCUUGAAGUGGCACUGGCAAAAGAGCUACUUUCUGGGUCCCCAAGAGCCCACUGGUCCCUUAAACUUGAAAGACAAGUUGGAGGGCAUUUGCUGGUUACUGUUUUUAAAUGCCAGGUUUAUGCUGCUGCAGUGGGUGAAAUGCCCAUCUUUUCUGGAGAUUUUCCAGAUGUAUAAAACCUUACACAGAUAUCUAUGUACUGUAUUUCUGCAUUUUUUCUGACUUCUGUCAGGUUUGCUGGUGAGGAAGGAGGCAUUUCUGACUUGUUAAAGAGGCAGGAACACCAUAUCUGGAGGCAGCUGGCCUUCCUUGUGUGAUGGAGGGAGCAGUUUGUGGGUCAGUUCUCAGAAAAAGCUCUAAAAAAAGAUAUGCAGCUGAGCUCCAAGUUGUUCAGCAGGUGCAGAGGGAGGUGGCUGCGAGCCCGCUGGGUCGGUGCUGGCUGCACCUUGUCGUGGUGGGAAGGGGCUCACCCAUGUGGCCGCACAGUGCAUGGUGCCAAGGGCAGAAACACCGGCGUGCACAGCUUUAGCUGGAAUUUCUCCAUUUUGCUGCAAGCUAAGUAUGUACCUGCACAUUUCCCUACUUCCCUAGACGUUUUGGAAGAGGAAAUCCUGCUCGGGCAAUGCAGCAUUGCUUUAGUGGCUGGUCUGAUGUAGUUCAGACAAGGUUCCCACCAGCUCCAUUAAUAGACCUCUUUUUUAUUAAAAAACAAAACACAAACCUCUCUCUCUCACAAAAGCCAGCCAAGAUGCUCUUUUUUUUCCUCUCUUCCAUCUUGUUCCCCUUAGAGGAACUCUGGGAGCCUGUCUUGGUGCUUUCACUCUUUCACAUGCCAAAGAUUGAUACAUCCCUCUUAGCUACACUCCUGCCAAAACCAGAUCUUAUAGUCUUGCCUCAAAAAUCAUCCACUUCCCUGCUCCUUGGGGUUCCUUUUGUUGCUGUUGCUUUUUCAUUGAAUUUCCUCUUGUUUAUUGACAUGUCUAUUGUUGAGCUUCCUGGACACAUGCAGCUCUCUUUUUCAGAUACAGAGAAAGACAAAUAAUUGCCUUCACUGGUCUGCCCCUGCUGUUGGGGAAAUACUGCUGGUGAUGUGAUUCCUACAGAUGGGGAUGGGUCUCAGUUAGAGCUAGGGUCAUGGAGGAUGUAAACUGGCAUUGCUCCACUGGUUUGGCUGGAAUAAAGCCAGUUUUGUCCAGCUGAGAAUCUGUCCUUAGUGUCUAAACAGUUAUUACACACUAAUAAAGAUUAAUGAUUGUAAAUCCCCAUGGAUUAUACAUAAAAUGGCAAGUUUUACUCAUUAAUCUUUAUUGCCAUAUUAUAGCUGUUUAUGUUAGAGAAGUCUCCUCUCUCUGUUCUGAACAUGCACUUAAGAGGUGGGGGUUGAGCAUGGGGGAGAUGAAGGAUGGACAAAAGAGACCAGAUGUCCACAUGUUUUACAGUCUGUGUCCUCCCCCUAAGUUGGUUGUUUCCUUGAAAGCCGUUAACCAGCAGCAAAGGAUGUAUCACAGAGCUUUGUCUGCUUUGCUGGCCUCUGGCUGAGCUAUAAAAUCCAGAUUGUUUCUGGUGAGAAAGGAUCAGAUCUCCUAAUUAAUAUUUCAGCUCAGCCUUUACUGGAGCAGAUGGAUAAUAUGAAAUUUGAUGUGUGCUCUGGCUCAGCAGCACAGUGAGAUUCACUCUCUUGGACUGUGGCUGGAAGAGAUGCUUUCUGUGCAAUAGGCAGCUGUGUGGCAGGUUGAAAGGAUGCUGCUCCUUCACAUAACCCCACACCAUAAAAGCAGCUGAUUUUGUUAAUAAAGAGGGCCAGAAAAAGCUCAGUUGAAUCUCAGCUUUCAUGUGGUUGCAGCUGUGUAUAGACACAGCUAGGAGCUUGUGGUGCUGGUGGUCUGGACAUGAAGGUUCGUGUGCUGUAUAAAUGAAGAGGACUCUAUUAGUGUGGUAAACUACAAGGGUGGUUUUAAUGACAUAGGAACAAAAUUAGUCCUCUGAUAGGCAGCUGGUGUCAAUCCACUCGGCCAAGGAAGGUCUGGAGUCGAUGGGGAAGGUUGGAGUGAAAAGAAAGGGUGAAGAGACAGCCACAGACUCCAUCAACUACAUAGCCCGGUGAGAGCAGCCUGUCUCCCCUUUCGCUUGCCAUGUACUCCUUCAGACUGAGAUUUGUAGGUGAGGCGUUUGCUCACAAGUCCCGCACUGCCGCUGCAUCACUGCUUCCAGCAAAAGAAAUAAAAUCUAAAAUCCAAAAGAAACCCACAGGGAAACACUACAAGUGAGGUGAUGCUUGUUGUCAACUGCAUGGUCUUGUGUGUUGCUGCUUCUCCUCCUGAGCUCGUCAGUGAGAUACAGAUGUUGGACUUAAGGGGAAAGCAUGGGAAAGCCUUCCGUAGCUGAGAAGGGACAUUUUAAGGUGGUCUCCAACUAGCCUAAUGGUGAAAAUAUCUAAUAUACAGGCCAAAGGAAUAAAUGAAUUCUUCAGGGUCCUGUGCAGCCGCCAGUGUGCUUCUGCUGGGAGUGAUUUUGGCUGCAUGACAUUCAUUACACGACCUCCUUUAGUGCACUCCUGGGUUGCUAGAAAGCUCAUUGCCUCCAUCGACACUUUACGUCUCAGUCACCUUUACGUUUUGCAUUUUACUGUCUGGGAAUUUACCAGAAGCCUUUCUUCUAGGUGGUUGGUCAGAGUGAAGGCAAGGGAAAGGGGCCUCCUGCCAGCUCUCCAUGGAGCGUUUUGGGAGAAGAAGGAGCUGCCUGUUAUCCAGUGCCUGCUUAACGGGAAGCCACAGCCAGAGGCUUGCUACCCUGCAGGUAUCCUGCCAAAGCAACAACUUCUCCGUUUGUGCUUCACUGCCAUUGCAUUAAGCAUCCCUUCCUGGAAGUGGAGCAGCUCUGGAGUUGCAGCAGCCUCGCUCCAAGGCGUCUCGCCUUUGCCGGCAGCCAGGCUGCAGGACAGGCCGCAUUUCCUUCCUCGAAAGGCUCUUGGGUUUCUCUAAAUGAUGGGGCAAAAGUCCAGCGGCUGCGAGGUACCGCGAGGAUAAGCUGGGAAAAGCUUGGAAGCGUCUUUAAUACUCUGGAAAUAGAGAUGGAAAUCUCAAAAGAUCAGACGUCGUUCGGCGAUUUCCAAAGUUGUGUGGUUUCAGACAGACCUGAAAACCCUUCCUAGAAGUUUAUUUCAGGGUAUUUUGAUAUGUUACUUUCGCUUUUGAGCCCAGCUAAAUCCAGGAAGCUCAAAAUAGUGUAAUUUUAAAAUAAAGAGUAAACACACCCCAAAGUAUUACUGAACCGAUCAGGAAAGUUUCUGUUUGGUUUCUCUUACGGGAAGAAUUGAGGCCAGCUAAGGAUUUAUCCUAAGUCUGUCUGGUUUUGCCCAGGAUUAUUAUUCUUUUUGAGAAAACGAGAGAUCAGACCAUAGUCUUUCCAAAACACCGUGACCCGUCACACAAGGUUACAACCCAAAAUGUGUCAGAAGGUGGAUGGAGAUAAGUGCUACGGUAAGAAGCGGCAAGUGUCUGAUGGCUGGAACGAGCAGACCAGCAGCAAGCAUGCCCGUGGCCUCCCAAAACAUAGGCAGGAUACAUUUUUCCCAGAGGCUGUGUGAUGGAAGUAUCAGGGUCUGCCAGGUCUCUUUUUUUUUUCCUUUUUCUCUCUAGUAAAGAACAUUCAGGCAUCGUGGAGUGUCCAGGAACAAUAUCUGAAAGUCUUUGGUAUUUCUCAUCCCAGUUUUAUGAUUUUUUUUUUUUAGGACGGAUAUUGUGAAAAGUCAGGACGGACCAGGUGUCCUUGAUUUACGCAGCCAGAGUGAAGAGAUGUAGUUUAAGUACCUCGUAAGAGCCCAAAAGGUGUAUUUAAAGAUAAAUUACAGUCUCCGUCAUAGCUGUUAAGUCAGGAUCAAAUUUUCACAUACACAGGUGCAGCUGCGGAGUUCUCCAUCCACAUUUAGCCCAGAUGUAGUCAUGAGUCUUGCGUAAAUACCUGAUAACAUGGACCAUUUGGUGGGCAUCUGGCAGGUUGGGGCUCUACAGAGCACAGCAUUGCCAAAACCAGGAUGUGGCUUCAAGCAUUUCUUAUAUAAUUGAGAUAUGAAGUGAAUUUCCAGAGCUCUGCCCCUCUUGUCUCCUUCAUAAUUGUGAAUCGAGUGGCUUGUGCUUGGUGACGGCUGUCGCUGUGCCACUGGGGCUGCUGGAAGUAGUCACAACAUACCAAAUUGUUGGAAGUUUGCAUUUAUUUUUUAAUAGCAAUACAUUGAGGGGAAGCUGCUAAAUGUUAUUUCCUGCAAACUGGAAAUGUGUUGGAGUAAAACUUGUCAUUUCUCAUAAAAAAAAAAAAAAAAAGUGCGUAAAAUUGACCGAAACCUUCAAUUUAAGGAAUUACAUUUUUUUUUUCUGGCAAACAUCCAUGUUUAACAACAAAACAUAUGAGAUUUCUAGAAUUUUUGUCUUAUGGUGUGAAAUCUGCUCUUUCUUAAGAUGGUGGGAGAUUUGUAACAAGGAUAUUUCUACUGAAUUUCAGCUAAAAAAAUUUAAAAAAGAAUAGAGCACCAUGGAAAAGCAACCACUUCCCAGUGGUCUGCUGGUAUUGAAGAGGGCACAGGCAAAGCAUCUGUGCCUUGAACAUGUUAGAAAAGAGAAGGCUUUCCAACCUGCUGUAAUGAAGGUCCUUAUUUUACUUUAGGAUUUUUUUUUUUUACGGUAACAACAUAUUUUUUUUUAUAACUGUGAAAGUCUCUGCUUUUCUUUACAUGUGGAAGGCUGAUUAUACUUUCUCCUGUUCUUCUUAUUUAUCCAUUUCUGGUACUGUCCAAGAUAUGUUGAAGGUAUCUCCUCGAGCCAUAUGGAAUCCCUGUAGUAUUUCCUAACAGCUGGGAUGGCAAAUGGCAGUAGAUGGCUAAUUAUUAUUUUAAAUUAUAUUUAUAGCAAUUUAGAUUUUCUUUUAAUGACCUGAUUUGCUCUAGAAUUAGGGAUGGGGAUAAGGAAUUUUAUUAAAAAAUUGCAUUUUAAAUUUUUUUUUUAUCACUUUGGAGGUUUUUGAAUAAACCUACUCUUGUUUUUAAUAGGAAAAGCACUGGUUAGGUUUUAAUUGUUCCUUGAAGAAGGGAUUGACUAGCAUCAGGGUUAAGUUUAAUGGGUAAAAUUGCUCUGUGUCACGACUUAAUUAACUAAAAGUGCACCCGAAUGAUCAGUAAACAAUUAUUUUCUGCCUGAAUAAAAUCUGGUUUGUGAUGAACUUGGUUUCUCCAAGUCUUGUGCCAGGCUUUUCUGUAUCAAAUUUACAUGGAGUUUUCCUUUAGCCCUUGAGCCAGUGAGAGUCAGGGUUGCCAGGACUGCUUUGAAUCAGAGCUGGGGGCCACCCAGGCCCCUUCUGGCCAAGUAGCUCUGGGUAUGGAGGACGUGAGUCCUACAGAAAUGAUAGAGCAACAAAUGAAUGGCAGCAUCUUGCUCUGUAAGAGAUGUUGAAGUGAAAUCCCACAAGCUCUGUUAGACAAGCAGGAUUAGGGGUUCAAAACCAACUUCUUUUCAUUCCCCUUCUCCUCUUUGCAAAGGUGCCUUGCUACUCUACUCCUUCAAAAGCCUCCCCACCCUUUCUGAUAAAGAAUGCUGUGAUGCAUCUGUUUUCAAACAGCUUGCAUUGGUUUUCUGGUUUGUUUUUCCUUCCCCCUAUGUAUAAGAAAUGUUGGGUAGCAGAAUGUGGAAUUCAUUAGGAGUUCAUAAAGCAGGGACCUCAGAAGGAUGUGGGUAUAAAUGCUUUUCAGCCAUCUGAGGUGAACUUUCAAAGGAGCUUUGGUCCUCUUGCUUUCUGCUUUUCAAAUACCAUUUAUGAGAAAGUGGAGCUGUCAAAGCCAUGCAUGAACUUUGCCUUCUUGCAAAUAACUUGUCUCAAAGUAAAUUGUCAAAAUGCACAGGAAACUUGUCUCAAAGUAAAUCCAGUAGCUCUACAAAGCUGGAAAUGUAUGUGCAUUAGAGAGUGUGUGUGUGUGCAUGUGUCGUGCGUGGAUGGGUGGAGUGAGUAAGUCUACCAUUUUGGAGAUUUUAAAAACACAAUGCAAGUGUUCUCAAAAAAGGCAGUGUAAAAUAUUUAUUUUUUGGCAAAAGUACAUCAGACCACAUCUCCCAUCCUUCUUUUUAUUGCUUCAUGUUUGUUUUUGUUGUCUAAGUCUCUGCUGGCCUGUUUCCUCUGCAGUGUUCAUUGCUACUUAGCAGCCCGUAACCUCACACAACCCCUCUCACGGCGAGGGCGUGCUUGGCACAGGGCAGCUCACGGGAGCACAGGCUCAUCAGCAAAAGCACUGGUGUUCACAUCAACUGGGGGAACGGAAGAGGUAAUAUUGGAUGAAAAGGCAGGAUGAUGCAAUAUGAGUGAUUUUCAGUUUUUAGUCUUGUUGAGGAAACUGUCCUCAAGGAAAUCAAAACUGCCCACGUCCUAAUGCAAGACCCCAAACCAUAGCUUUGGGGGAGGGUGGGUUGGUCCAGAGAUAGCAAGCUUUGAGAAAGGCUUUCUCUGCCUUGGUCAGUUCUUGUGAGUACGUACUAGUGGUAUAUUUAAAUGAAAUGAGUGCUGUCAUCUUUGUGAGAUGGCACCCAAGUUCUUGUCAGUUAAGACUGCUUAAGGUCCGGUCGGGCUUUGCUGAGGGUUUGUAGCAGUGCAAUACUGCCCUGUACUGUGAUGAACCAUCGCUCCGAGCACCCUGUGUGCAACCAGGCAACGUUUCAUCACUCAGAUACUGCAAAGUUCACAGGGUCCUCCCUGUGCUCCAGAGUACUUCGGUGGUUGCCUGGCUGCCGACCUGUACAGCUUCAUGUCUGCUCUGUCUGAAACACUUCUCUUAACCUAUGUUUGUCUUCAUUCAUCUCAAAGCUGUUCCUCAUACUAUGAAGAUGAUAAACAGUAGGAGACUGACAGUGGGCCCGUGCGUGUAACGUUAGAUAGGCUUUUAUUUAAUGUUGUUGUUGUUUUAAUGAGAUGCUUUUAGGAUCUGUAUUGUCCUAGAUUAAGGAUAUAGGUGGAACAAUUGAAUUGGUGUUCUUUAGCCCCAACUGCUCCAGAUCCUUUCCCUCCACCUUCUUCAUUAAAAAAAAAAAAAAUUAGAUUGGGAGAAUAUAUUUAACUUGGAAAAAAAAAACCCCAAACCUUGCUGGUGGAAGAAUUUAAUCUUUAUUACGUUUUGAUUUUAUUUCUCAGGAUAUCCAAAGGUUUAUCACUGCUGCUGAGAGAAAGGGACAGUACACCUUUUUGAAACUUCAACCACUGUAACCGUUUUCCAGAUGUGUGUGUGUGUGUGUGCGCGCGUGUGCGUGCGUGUUCAACUCAGCACUGUGUGUAUGUGUGUGUGUGUUCUGCUGAAUAUUGUGUGCAUCUAUGAAACGCUUCAAACAACUGCCUGGAAUUCAAAACCAACCACCUCUUUCCAGUCAUAUGUUUGCCGUGACUUUUCAUAACCACACUUGAACUAGUGGUCUUGGAUUAAAUAUUCAAAGAGCAGGGCAUCUUUAUAGCAAUGGUAUGUCAGUCAAAUUAAGACAAAUGUACAC